AAAGAACAUCGUGCGGUGGCUCUGCGACGAGCUUUGAGACGACGCGGCCUUGAGGCGGCCGCGACGCGCAAGGACGGUGAUGACGGUGGAGCAGCAGCUGCUUUGUGGGCUGCGUUUCUACGCCACUGGAAGCUACCAGGGGCAAGUGGUCAGCGACCGGCACCUCGCUGUCCACAAGACCACCCUCAGCGCAUGUGUCCGCGCCGUGGCUACGGCCAUCGUGUGCCGCCUCGGUCCCCGGUGGAUCGCCUUCCCCGAGACCGCGGAGGAACGGGCGGGGACGCAAGAAGCCUUUCUUCGUCGCGGUUUCUUGCCCGGAGUCGUCGGGUGCGUCGACGGCACCUUCAUCGCAAUAAAGGGGCCCUCCAAGUACGACCCUACCGUGACGAAGCCGGUGCAGAAAUUUGUACUACGCCCUGAACGUCAUGCUGGAUGCCCGGCUCAGCUCACGACUUAUAUGUGUGGAGGCGUUCGUGGAUGCGCCAGGAGUGCGUCGUUGGUCAUCUUGUCAGGCACAAUGAGAACCUGCUUGGCGACAGUGGGUGCCUCCUGGCUGAUGACCCCUGUGCCAGGGCGGCCAGCACUUGGCACACCGGCUGGGCAAUACAAUCAGGCCCACGCCUCCAUGAGGGCAGUCGUGGAGCGCUGCAUCGGAUUGCUGAACAGCAGGUUCCGGUGCUUGCACAGGCACCGGACCAUUUACCAUCAUCCGAAGAUCGCUGGCACGAUCGUGGCAGCCUGUGCGGUGCUCCACAGUAUCUGCCUCUGCUCAGGAAAGGCCGAGCCAGAGCCCUAGUCAUACUCAAACAGCAGUUCUGACGAGGACGACGACGAAGAAGAAAGUGCCGACGCGGCUCUCGAGCGGAUAGGCCUCCAGUCGAGGCGUCCCUACAGUCAGGGCAAUGCUGCGCGGGACCGCCUUUGCUUCUGCCGAGCAUAACCCACCUGCAACGCGUCCGUGACCGACUGCGUCGCAUCCGUCGUCGCCGCCAGCACCGUUGAUGCACCGCCACUCGUCGCCGGGGCCACUCUGAAUUGUGCGUGCGUGGUUUGUACAGUAGGGUGGAUGUUGUGCCGAAGCCAUUUUGGACUUUGUGUGCGCAUGUGUACAGUGAUGUGGAUGUGCUCGAGUCAUCUUGUACUAUCUUUGCGGAUGUGUACAGUGCGGUGGGUGUUAUGCCGGAGCUAUUUUGGACUCUGUGUCUGUGUGCUGUGCCGGAGCUAUUUGGGACUCUGUGUCUGCGCAAUGUGCUGUGGAUGCGCCGGUGCCAUUUUGGAGUCUGUGUUAGUGUGUGCAGUGCUGUGGAUGUUGUGCCGGAAAGAGCCAGUUUGGACUCUGUGUGCGUGCGUAGGGAAGGUGUUUUAACGUUUCGGGUGUAAGCACCACAGGCUUGGAUACAUGUGCACGUGUAGUGCUUUUGAAUUCUGUUCAAUGCUUCGGGCACAAACUCCACAGGUCUGGAUUGCAAGGGGUACGUGUAGUGUUUUUGUACUUCUUUUUUAUGUUUUGGGUGCAUGCUUCACAGGUCUGGAUUGUACGGGGAACAUGUAGUACUUUUUACUUGUGUUCAAUGUUUUGGGUGCAUGAUCCACAGGUGUAGAUUGCAUGGGGCACCUGUAGUAUUUUUACUUGUGUUCAAUGUUUUGGGCACAAACUCCUCAGGUCUAACUUGUGUGUAAGCCUGAAGUGCUUUUGACUUGUAUUCAUGGUUUUGUGUGCAAGCUCCGGAGGUCAGGAUUGCAUGCGCACGUGUAGCGCUUUUGAAUUCUGUCCAAUGCUUUGGGUGCAAACUCCACAGGCCUGGAUGCAAGUGCACGUGUAGUACUUUUGAAUUGUAUUUAUUGUUUUGGAUGCAAGCUCCACAUGUCUGGAUUGCAUGGACACGUGUAGUGCUUCCAACUUGUGUUUAAUGUUCUGGUCGCAAGCUCUAGAGGGUCCUAGAUAGCAUGGAAACUUGCAUUGCUGUUGAUGUCUGUUGCGGCACUUGCAGCGUUUUUCUAGGGAUCAGCUGAUGAAGGUCCCUGACACAGUAAUGACAGGACUGCAAAGAAUGUUUGCAAGAAAGAACAAGUAGUGUCAUUCAAAGUAAUAGUGCCCACUAUGUUGCAUCUUUGAGGUGGCGCACAGCGGCUGGGGGUGAUUAACUUUGGUCUCAACUUAUCUGAGUGAGAAAGCUCAUGUACCCUUGCCAUAUCUAGCGGAUGCCAACAGGCAAAGCUCUUGCUAGCAAGUGUGAAUUUUUUUAGAUUUUUCACUGUACUAUUGGGUUCGAAUAAAAUUCGAACACCGAAGCCCGUGGCCGUCAACCGAUGCUGCACCUGUGUGUAUAUAGCCACAACACUUAGUAAAAUAAGUGGUUUUUGGCUUGUUGCUACGAAAGGUGGACAUAUUCAACCGGUGGCCAGGAAUGAGGAACCGCUGAUUGCUACUUGUGUUUCUUAAAAAAAAAUCUAUGUCGAAUUAUUGGCGAUUUUCAUCACAUGUUUUUGAACCCACUUUAACGGCUUCGUCUUUAGACCGCCAGGCGCUGUUAAUAUUAUAUUCGCUUGAAAUGGUUGGUGAGCGAACCUGUCUCUACAAUCUAUUAUUCUAGCCGAUAGGUGCCGUCAAUUUUGCUUGUGUCACCAGUACUAUACCAGCCUCUUUCACAUAAGAAAAUACAUCCCGCUGUAUUCACGCAUGCAAGUCCGUUCUUACGGCGCCGCCAUCUUGCUCACCGAGGUGCGCUUGGGCGUGACCCUAAUCCGAUUACGACGCCUUAGCAAGGCUUCGUAAUUAGAUUAUGAUGCGUCCAAACGCACCCCAGCCAAGCAAAAUGGCAGCACUCUGAGUCCGAACUUGCAAACGUGUAUAAUAAAGGGGGAUGCUACAACCUUGUGGACAUAUUUUAGGGCCCAGAGUUGCCUUAUGAAAGUACCCAUCAUGCACUGUGAGAACAAAAAUAAAAUGUCUCCAUUUUGUAAACGAGAAGUUUAUAACCAUUCCAUUAUUGUAACAAUCACCAUCUUAUGACAUAAAUAUUUACAUUGGUCUGCAAAAAGAAAUGCACUUCUUGUGAUUGAAAUAUCAUGUACAUUAGAAGGAAAAAAACCCAUGAAGGCUACGUCUUGGUGCACAAAA